AUGGUUCUCGUUCUGGUCAUUGGCGAUUUACAUAUCCCAACUCUCACUCAUGAUUUGCCAGCGAAAUUCAAGAAGUUACUUGUGCCCGGAAAGAUAGGUCAAAUCAUAUGCACUGGAAAUGUGUGUGAUAAAGAGACAUUUGAUUAUCUGAGGACGAUAGCUCCCGAAGUGCAUGUAGUGAGAGGAGAACUCGAUGAGAAUACUCACUUCCCACUAUCAUUGACUAUUCCACAUCAAUCACUUCGAAUAGGUGUAGUACACGGUCAACAGAUUGUGCCAGCUGGAGAUGCAGAUAUGUUAGCUGCUUUGGCUAGACAGAUGGAUGUGGAUGUAUUGAUUAGUGGUGGAACACAUCGAUUCGAAGCUUUCGAAUUCGAAGGUAGAUUCUUCGUUAAUCCAGGUUCUGCAACUGGUGCAUGGAGCGGAUUAUGGAAUGGUGAAGCAACGCCUUCUUUCGCAUUAAUGGAUGUUCAAGGUCCUGUCAUAGUAACAUAUGUGUAUCAAUUAGUUGAUGGAGAAGUCAAAGUGGAUAAAGUUGAAUAUCGAAGACCUGAUCCACCGAAAGAAUCCAUUGAUACUUCCGGAGCCGGAAGAGCGGAAGUCCCUGCUGGAUGGUAA